AUGACUUUAGGAAACAGAGCUUCUGGUUUAGUUGAUCCUUCAGUUGCAGCCACUCCAGCUCAAUUAACUCAGCCUAUAGCCCUUAGAGCUGAUAUGGAUGCAGAUAAUAACCUAAUAUCUGUUAUUCCAGCAUCAUCUCCUGAAGAUUCUCUAGACUCUCCAUUAAGGAAUAGAUCUAGACACAAAUCCUCAUUAUCAGCUUUACCAAGGCAAAGGAGUAGAUAUGCUCAAUAUGAGUCCCUUACUCCUUGGAAUUAUUCCACCAAUGUUGGAGGAUCUUCCAACACUAUGGUUAUGAAUCCUAAUCCAACAGGAAUUGAGUUCUUGACUACACAUAAACCAAUGUCAGUACCUCUAACAGGAGGAACAAAUCUUAACCCACCUCCAUUAACUAAUCAUCCUUCCAUGGUUCCAGCCCCUUCAGGUUCUGGGAACCCUCCACCUAAUCCUCCCAAUAGAGGAAAUGGAGGGAAUGAAGGAAAUGGAGGAGGAUUACCUUUCAAUAUUCCUAAUAACUCACCUCACCAGCCUAUGCCUAAUAGGUCUCCACCUACAGGUCCACCACCUCCAGGAGAACCAGGAGGAUCUGGAGGACCAGGAAGGCCAGGAGGACCAGGAGGACCAAGUAGUCCUAAUGGUCCUAGUGGUCCAGGAGGUCCAGGAGGUCCAGGAGGAAACUUUCCUCAAGCACCUCAGGCACCUCAAGGGAAUAAUAGAAUCACUGAUGUCCAUUUUGACUAUAGGAUCAAAAUUAAGGAUGUUCUCACUUCUUGGGAUGGGAACCCUGAUUCUUUAGUAGAAUGGGUGACUUCAGUAGACAGACUUUGUGAAAGAGGACCUUACAUUCAUGCUGAAAUUGCUAAACAACUUCCUUUCCUGUUUACUAAAGAUGCUCUUCUUUGGUUCAAUUCUAUGACUACUCCCACUCAGCAUUUUCUGAUGCAGAGAUGGAGUGACAUGAAGUUUGCUUUGGGAAGGUUCUUCCUUACUCAGCAACACUUAGCAUCAUUGAAGAGUAAGUUACAAGAAAUGAAGUAUAGGGAUUAUAAGCAUGAGAAAGAAUCACCUUUUCAAUUUUGCUGUCGCAAGAAAGACCUUAUUGACUUUUGCUAUAACUUUGAUGAUAUUGCUACUAUUAGUGAAAUUCUCAAAGGUGCUCCUUUACAAUGGCAAACUCUCAUCUUUCUUCCUGAACAUCUUAAUGAUUGGGAAAACUUUAUCAAUGCUAUUCAACAAAGAUCUGCCCUGUUGCAAGAUUGGAAUGGAUACAUUGAUGACAAGAAAGACAGGAGUAUGGGAAACUUUUCCUCAAGCUAUGGAAGGAAAGACCUUAAGAAAGCUCUAAAAGCUCUCAAAGCUGAAAGUAAAGCCAAGAAAAUUGCAAAAUCCCAUACUGUAAAGACUUCUACUCCUAGGAAAAGUUACAAAUUUCCUCAGAAUGACAGGGUGAUCUCUAAAGUCACUCCUGAAAGCAAAGGAGCAAGGAGUUGUAGACACUGUGGAAGUCCCAAACACUGGGAUAGAGAUUGUACUGGACCUAAAUCUUUGAACAAGAAAGAAGCUAAGACUUACUUUGCUUCUAUUACUGAUGAAGAUAAAGAAUAUAAUAGUCUGGCUAUGCAAGCUUUAGCUGACUGUUCUGAAUCCUCUGAAAAUGAAGAAGUAAGUGAAGAAUCUGAAAACUCCAAUGAUGACUCUGACUCUGAAGACUCAGAUUUGGAUUUUUAG